AUGUGGCAAAAAGUAUGGAACACACAAAACAACAAAUUAAACCAAAUUAAACAAACGGUCAAAAGAUGGAGAAGAAACCCUAAUAUCUCUACCUCAGAUGAAAAAAAACUAAAUCGGGCCAGAAUUGGUCACACGAGACUGACUCAUGAAUAUCUAAUGAAUAAAGGCGACCCACCCUUAUGCCAAUCAUGCGGUACCACAAUUACAAUCAAACACAUCUUUGAAGAAUGUAGAAUGUACGAAAAACAAAGAGAGGAUCUCAAUAUAAGCCAUCAAAUUGGAACUAGUCUAGGUCCAAAUCCAGAUAACGAAAUCGACACCAUUAAAUUUUUAAAGCAAUUAAAAUACUUAAUUUACUUUAGUCAACACUUACAAUGUACCAAAUACCAAAUAACUAAUUCAUAA